AUCUGCAGCUGCCAGGCAGCGACUCAACACAACACCCACAGUAGCUGCUGUUUACACUGUUUCCUUGCACAAAUUUCCACAGCCGAAAUCUCCCUCAUUAUGGGGGACAAGGCAGGAACCCGGGUAUUCAAGAAAUCAAGUCCCAACUGCAAGGUAACUGUAUACCUGGGGAAAAGAGAUUUUGUAGAUCACUUAGACCACGUUGACCCUGUUGAUGGUGUUAUUUUGGUGGAGCCUGAAUAUCUCAAAGAUAGAAAAGUAUUUGUCACAUUAACCUGUGCAUUUCGAUAUGGCCGUGAGGACCUAGACGUGUUAGGGCUUUCUUUCCGAAAAGAUCUUUAUGUGUCCACUUUUCAAGCCUAUCCUCCCAUACCAGAGGAAUCAAAGGCUUGCAGUCGGCUACAAGAGAGACUUCUGAAAAAACUUGGUCAAAAUGCUUAUCCUUUCCAUUUCACUGUAAGCAGGCUACCAUUAUUUUUUGGGAGGAUAUUAACAGGCGUAUGUGGUACAUAUAUAUAUUCAAGGAUGAAUGUUAAUUUAUCUUUUCAGAUACCACAAAACCUCCCAUGUUCAGUUACUUUGCAGCCUGGGCCUGAAGACACAGGAAAGGCCUGUGGGGUGGAUUUUGAAAUCAGGGCUUUCUGUGCCAAAUCGAUGGAAGAUAAAAAUCACAAAAGAAAUUCAGUUCGGUUAGUGAUACGUAAAGUCCAAUACGCCCCUGAGAAACCUGGCCCACAGCCUAUGGUGGAGACUACGAGGAGUUUCCUAAUGUCAGACCGGUCUCUACACCUAGAGGCUUCUCUAGAUAAAGAGCUGUAUUACCAUGGAGAACCAAUCAGUGUUAAUGUCCACGUCACCAAUAACUCAACCAAAACUGUCAAAAGGGUUAAAAUAUCAGUUCGACAGUAUGCUGAUAUUUGUCUCUUCAGUACAGCACAGUACAAAUGUCCAGUGGCUCAGAUAGAGGCUGAAGAUCAGGUGGCAUCCAGCUCUACGUUCUGCAAAGUGUACACGCUCACUCCUGCCCUCAACAACAAUCGAGAGAAGAGAGGACUGGCACUAGAUGGAAAACUCAAACAUGAAGACACCAACCUCGCAUCCAGCACCAUUGUAAAGGAUGCGAGUAAUAAAGAAGUUCUGGGUGUUUUGGUCUCAUAUCGGGUCAAAGUGAAACUGGUGGUCUCCCGCGGAGGGGAUGUGUCAGUGGAACUGCCUUUCGUCCUAAUGCAUCCGAAACCCACAGACUCCACUGUUUCCCUUUCACCCACAGCUGUUCCAGUGUUAGACCCACCGAUUGACACAAACUUGAUUGAGUUUGAUACAAACAGUUUAAUGGCAGAUGAUGACAUUGUGUUUGAGGACUUUGCUCGCUUGCGCUUGAAAGGAAUAAUCGACAAGGAGGAUUGCUGAACACUUACAUCUUAUUCGCAUUGUAAUCGGCAUCACACGAUAGCCAGAAGAAAUCCUCUCUUUAGGGGUGUAACAAUGAAGUCAUUCUCAUCUCAUUGAGGUUUGGACUUAUAUUUUAUGGAAAGAAAACAGAUGGAUAAUAACCCACCUGGAUAUUAAGGUGCUUAAGUGACUUAAGCUAAUGAAGGAGCUGAUCCCAGGGAAUUACUAAGUUUUGCGUAAGCAUGUGAUAAUUAUAUCUCUUGUAUCGUGCCAACUGUUAUGUUAAGAAUGGCAAGGCUGCGUGUAACGGCCAAAUUGCUAUUUGUAUCAUAUUCCUUGUAUUUAUUCCUUUACACGGGGAGAGUCAGGAUUUUUCUGUGAUUUGUGUAUAAUACCUCCUUGUGUGUUACGCAAUGACCGUGAGAUUCAGUGAUGUGGACCGUGCAUGUUUUAAAAUGCUGCUGUAAGGGAGGUGACGUGACUGAGCACAUACAGUUUGUGCAGGUUGUAUAUAUUUAAUAUUGCUGCUUUGAUUUAUUGAAUGACUGCAUUUGGUUAAAAAAAAUGGGAAAGCUAAACUAACGGAUGUGUUAAGAUUUUACAUCCCUCAGGGGAAACGAACAACAAACUGGAUAUGUUAAUGCAAUUUUCAUAAUAACCAUAAACAUUAUUUGCCAAUUUAUUUUCUUUUAAAACUGAAUUUUUAUUUAAACAUUUUUUUUAAAUAAAAUUAAGAAAAAAUUAAA